UCCGUCAACUCCAUCCAGCUGUUCUUUGGUUCAGACAGGCGUUGUGGCUUCUGCCACGUCUGUCUCUCAUCCAUCAGCCCUCGCCGAGGAUCACAGUGUGUAAAUCCUUUUCUCUGGCACAUCAGCUGCGCUCCGUCGUCGCUGAAGUAUGGUGAAAAUGUGUCCCAGUCGUUCUGGUCUUUCACAUUUUCCCCGAAAACGACAACUUCUCCAAAAGUAAACUGUUCACACCGCCGCCAAAUAUGUACGCUGACUUUUGCGUGUCUGCUUUUGUCGCGUUGUUUUAUUUCUUUUCUUUUUUUGUAAGUAAGGCAUAUCUUGUCAAGGGAUUAUUUUUUUCUUUGCCUGUUUUAACCUCCAGUCGUGUGUUUAAUUAUCGCCUCUCCACGCGUCUUUCUCCGGCUAGUCCAACUCAUUUCUACCCGGCUUGUCGAAAAAAGCACCCGAGUCGUGAAGUCUCUGCAGUCACGUGAUUAAGACAGGACUGAAGAGAGUGAUUUUUUCUCUCUCGGAGUGUGUAUGUGAGCGUUUCUCCGUGUGUUGUUGGAGGGGUGUCCCUCCUCCGCAUAUUUUGCUGCUUGCCAUGCUUUAGACGCCGGAGCGCAGGGAGAGAGGCGAGAGUGAGAACGCCGGUCUCUCUCACAGGGCUACCUGUCUUUUUAGGCUUACCUCGAGUCCCCGUCGGUUCGCCCUGGUCUUUUUGAGCCCACCUUCCUGCGGUCGGCUUGUUUUUGUUGGUUUAAAAAAGAGCAAGAGAGGAAGAGAGAGAGCGAGAGAGAGAGAGAGAGAGAGAGAGAGCGAGAGAGAGAGAGAGAGAAAACUGUGGUCAUUUCUGUAGGGUCUACGCGGGUCUGGUCUAUCAGGAGGAGGAUCGCGGUUCUGUUUGGCUCUGGGUUUUGAUCAUCUUUCUUUCUUUUUUCUUUUGGGUGCUCCAUUUGGACAGUACAGGACAGCCGAGCAGAGCUUGGAUGAGCCGCCUCACUAAAAUCCCGAGAUGGAGUUGCUGCUGAUCUGCCUUCCCCUGUGGAUAUUGCAAUGCAAUUCGGCCAAAGCGGACUCAAUCAUACAUAUCGGUGCCAUAUUCGAAGAAAACGCUGUAAGAGAUGACCAAAUUUUCCAACUUGCCAUCUCAGACCUGAGUCUGAGCGAUGACAUUCUGCAGAGCGAGAAAAUCACCCACUCUGUGAAACUUAUCCAGCCUAACAACCCUUUCCAGGCAGUGCAGGAAG